GAAGCGAUGCUGAACGCGGGAAAACGCGCGUGCACGCGCGUUCUCGCUUUGCAGCCACUUCUUUAUGUAAACCGCGUGAAUAUGCCAGAGAGCCCGCGAGAGAGCGCGGAGCGUUGAGCGAUUUCCAACGCGGAACGCGGUAAAACAGUUCAAGUAGUGGUUUAUCGCGCGUCAGUUCAGUGAUUGGUAAAUAAAAUGGACUCGGAAUCAAUAAUAAGCGAGGUUUUUUCUCACAACAUAUUGUGGGAUAAGACGCUCAAAGAAUACCACAACAGGGUUUUGGUGGAAAAAGAAUGGAAUACCAUAUCGAAACGACUGGAUGUACCAAAAGAUCUUUUGAAAAAAAGAUGGAAAAAUCUUCGCGACCAAUUUGGGAAGGAAUUAAAAAAAAUUCCCCAAAGCAAAUCUGGAGAUCCUGGUCCAGCAAGCCUUGAUAACUACAGCACAUGGCCAUAUUUCAAAUCUAUGUGGUUCCUUCAAAAACAAAUGAAACCGAGAACAUGCAGUGGAAAUUUAAAGGACACCACCAUGGAUAUUGCAGAUGACGCGGAAAGAAAUGACUUUGAACGGUAUGAUACUUUUGAAACAUCAACAGUUGCUGAAGAGGAUAUGCCAGAUAUACCUGUUCCUGCUAAGAAAGGGAGAAAAAAACUUGACCACAACGAAGAAUUAAUCAAUUUAGAAAAAAGGAAAUUGGAGCUACUUGAGAAAAAAGCGGAGAAAACGCGCGAUGAAGAUGAAGCUUUCUUCGACAGUCUUCUUCCGCACGUUCGAAUGCUUCAACCUGCCAAUAAAUUAUUAUGUAGAAUGGAGCUGCAAAAGGUCGUGUUGAAACAUGCGUACGGUAACUCGACCCAGCCCAUAUGCACAACACCAAUCUACAUCCAACAGGAUGACUUUGAGGCUUCACUUCAGUCAGCUGAUAUCGCACUUAGUCAGGACCGCGAUGCUGCACCUGUAGAUUUUUCUUUUAUAUGUAACGACCUAUAA